AUGGCGGAUUUGGACCCCUUUAUUAUCGCCGCCUUCGGACCUCCGCCAGCAGGCGUAGACCUGACGGAGCAGACCGAAACCAGAAAUGACAUUAUUACUGCUGUAACUCUUUUUUUCGCAAUUCUGUCAGUGGUGCUGCGAUGGACGGCAAGAAGACUCAGCACCGUCCGAUUACAAGCUGAUGAUUAUGUCGUUUCUGUGGCUUUGGUUUUGUGUAUUGUUACCGCUAUCCUUAACGUCUUGUUUGGGCCUGCAGGCUCUGGCCAUCAUGUUUGGAGUCUCACAAGGGAAAUUGUAACCGAUGGCUUCAGGCUAGGAUUCGUAUACACGUUCAUGUGGGCACUCACGGUAUCGGUGACGAAGUUAUCAAUCAUCUUACUCUACCGUCGGCUGUUCGUCUUCCAUAGGACUCCCUUUCGAACUUGGCUUAAUAUAUUGGUGGCUAUUAUAGCUCUCCAAAUACUUGCAGUCGUUAUUAGCAACGUCACAGUCUGCAGACCUCUAGAUUACUUGUGGAAUCGAUUCUCGGAUCCCACCGCCCAAGGCAGCUGUUUUGAUCAGCUGCUUUUUCUACUAAUAACAGGCAUCAUCAAUGCCUGUAUCGACCUAAUACUCCUUAUAACUCCUAUACCGCAAAUCAUGAAACUUGAGUUGUCUAUCAAGAAGAGAGUCGGUGUUUGUGGUAUUAUGUUGCUAGGUUGUUUGGUCUGUAUCGCAUCCUGGAUCCGCGUUUACUAUUUGGUUCAGUUCAGGAGGACCGUUGAUACAACUUGGAUGUCCGGAGAAGCUGCCACCUGGUCAUCAAUCGAGUCAUCAUUUGGCAUAGUAUCUGCCUGCUUACCGACCCUACGCCCACUGUAUCUUAAGGUCCGUAGCAGUGGCCGUCUGUCCAUAUUUCAUCCCGGGAAGUAUUCAAUCAAGGCAUCUAAAAGAAGCGAAGGUAGCUCUAACGCUCACGAAACUUCGCGGGGAGAACCACACAACAUUUAUUUGCAGAAUGGUCCGCCGUGGAAGACUAGCGGCCAGCAACAUUCAGAGGACGCUAUUAAUCUCACCAACUUUGUCGUUGGACACCCUGCGCAGGGGAGUUUGGAUAAUGACCGGAUCGUGUGCUCUAAUGGAUAUGUCGAUUACAUCUAUUCUACAGUUAUAACGACUUCGCGAAUCAGAGAGCAUUCCCAAACGAUGGCGAUCCGCUAG